AUGCCUGCAAAGAAAGUACAGGAACCUCGCAUGGCUGAUUUCAGACGAUUUGCUCAGCUGCAAGAAAUGCUCAGAGUCAGUUGCACCUGCGUGAGGGAAUUCACCCGGCGCCGAUUUGAUGCCUUGGCCAAAGAGGCCCCAGACUUGGCUGACGACUGCAAGGAACUUAAGGAACUCCAGGCUUCCAACAGUUUGUUGGACCUGGGCCGCCAUGUCCAUGGCAUUGAAUCAUUGGUCCAAAGAAUUGAGACCAAAGAGAAGCUGAGAAUUAUUUUCAUUGGGCCUUUGAAGGCAGGGAAAAGCUCCCUCAUCAACCUGCUCCUUUCCUCCUCCUUGCCCAACUUUGAGAUGCUGCUUCCGGUGGAUAACAAGGCUGCUACCAACUGCAUUUGGAAGGUCGAGUCGAGCCCGGAACGACGUGGGUGUGUAUUUUGGAAUGACGUACUGCAGAAAGAGUGGCUUUUGGACGACCUACACCCAGAAGUGCUACGGACUGACAUGGCUCACUUCUUGGAGGAGAAGUUUGCAAGGGAGGCCAAUCCUUCGGGACAUGGAGAGAUUUGCAUCCAAGUUCCCUUGGACGUAUUCAACCCAUUUGGUUGCCAUUACAGCCUGGUCGACACUCCUGGGUUUACUGAAAGCGAGGAAUAUCGAAGACUUGUGCAGAGGUUUCUGCAAGACCAUUCGCACAUUGCGUGCAUGGUGUGCCCUUUGACUGAAGGUACAGCGGUGCCAGAACGCACACAAAAGAUGCUGGAACUCAACUCCUACAGCAAGACCUUCUGGGUUCUCACACGCUAUGAUUUGGCAAUGACCUUGAAGCCCGGAAAGAAAUUCAAGGGCAUGACCAAACGGCAAGCAGCCGAUGGUUUGGUGAGCCAGUUCCGGCGCGAGAUUGGGAGCUCCUUGGCGCGCGUCUUUGUGCAUGCUGGUGGGCUACUCCAAGAUCCAGAUGACGAGGCCAAUGAAGUUCUCCAAAAGCAUUUGCCCUUGGAUGAGGCCCAGAGCUGGCUUAGAGACAUCCAAAACUACGUGAAGGAAAUCUUCAUGCUUCAACAGCAAGAGCAAAUGGUGCUCGGCAGCCAGUCGCGGACCGCCAUGCACCGAAUGGCAGAGCUCACGGACGAGUACCGGAAGCGGUUGAACUCCUCCCAAGGAAGUGUUGCUGCCAGUGAUUACUACGCUCAGGAGAUGCAGGCAGCUGUGGAAGAUGCGGCGGCUGAUUUGGAGCGUGAAGUUCGGCAGGAAAUUGAGACCGUUCGCACAGAUAUCCUGCAAGAGCUUUGCAAGAGAACAGGUGACGAGGUGAAUGAGGAGGGCGGCCCAGGCAAGUGGAUUCGGCACAAAUACAUUGAGAAGCUCCUCUCAAAGCUAGUCCCAAAGAUUGAAACGGAGAUGCAGACAAGGUUGGACAGCGCAAUGAUGCGUGCCCAAGAGAAGACUUUCAAGGUGGCCAUGCGUUUGCUGAAGGAAGCUGGGCUCGAUGCUUCACGGGCAAGUCCACUACUCCUCGGAGGCGUUGUUGGAGCCGCCGUCGCGGGAAUCGCAUUGCUGGGGUUCGGUGCCAAAUAUGCACUGGAAGCCCAUCCCUUUUGGACUCGUGACACUGCCAACAAAGAGGUCGUUGCUGAGAUUCAGCGCACAAAUCAUUGGGGGAUCCUAUCCCAGGUAGCCUCUGCUCGUGGGAAGUCUCAGCUUCUCUCCAACGCCGCUCGAUUUCGCUACAAGUUCAGUGAGCUCCUUUUGAGCAAUGGAGCUUCCACAGAGGUCUUAAGGAGCUUGUUUCCUGAUUUGAGCCUCUUGGAGAAGGUGAAAGCCAAGCUGUACUUCUGUUGUCGUGACAUUGAGGAGUUUUUGGAGGCUGAAGCCUUGGGUGAGCGGGCCUACAGAGACCUCUCCUCGUGCAGUCUCAAGAUCGUUCAGCGUGACUGGCUGAGCAUCGUGGAUCAAACGUCUGCAUAUGUGGAGGAGAACGUGCGAACUGAUGCGGUACAGGGAGGCAUUCUGGCAAGCCUUUUUGCACUUCGCACGGAGGCGUUAGUAAGGAGCCGAAUGCUGCGAGAAGCACGACACACAGUCACGAUUUUUUCGAAGGCUUUUCCCCGAUCUUAUUCUGGCCUUGGUCUACGACGUCUCUGUGGAUAUUUUGUUGCGCUUCCUUGA